UUUAUUUGCCUGCUUCCGACGCAGCGGGCGCCAGAAGUGGUACCCAAGAGGCAGCAGGCGUGGCCGUGUGCUGCUCACGCACGCUGACGCUUCUCUAGUUCCACCAUGAAGCAGCUGUCAGCAGAAACCGUUCGUCUGCUUUCGAGUUCUCAAGUGAUUACAUCAGUUGUCAGUGUGGUGAAGGAGCUGAUAGAAAACUCCUUGGAUGCCUGUGCCACAGCUAUUGACAUUAGACUGGAGAAUUAUGGGUUUGACAAAAUAGAAGUAAGAGACAAUGGUAAUGGAAUCAAGGUUGCUGAUGUUCCUGUUAUGGCAAUUAAACACUACACCUCAAAAAUAAACUCUUCUGAGGAUCUUGAAAGGUUGACAACAUAUGGUUUCCGUGGGGAAGCCCUGGGAUCAAUUUGUUGCGUAUCAGAGGUUUUGGUCACAACAAAGACAGCUGAUGAUGAUAUCAGCACUCAGUAUGUUUUGGAUAGUAAUGGGCAUGUAACUUCCCAAAAGCCUUCCCAUCUUGGCCAAGGUACAACAGUAACAGUCCUCAAGUUGUUUAAGAAUCUUCCUGUGAGAAAACAGUUUUACUCAACGAAUAAAAAAUGUAAGGAAGAACUGAAAAAAGUCCAGGACCUCCUGAUAGCAUACGGCAUCAUAAAGCCAGAACUGAGAAUAACCUUUGUACAUAAUAAGGCAGCUAUUUGGCAGAAGAACAGGGUGUCAGAUCACAAAAUGGCCUGCAUGUCAGUUCUGGGAACAGCCGUUAUGGGCAGUAUGGUACCUUUUCAACACCGCUGUGAAGAUCCUGAGAUAAAUCUUUCUGGAUUUCUUCCAAAACCUGAGUCAGACAGCUCUUUGACAAGUCUCUCAAGCUCAGAACGGAGUUUUAUUUUUAUAAACGAUCGUCCAGUUCAUCAGAAGGAAAUAUUAAAGUUAAUUCGACAGUACUACAGUGUGCUGAUGCAAAAGGACAGCGCACGCUUAUACCCUGUGUUCUUUCUGAAUAUUACUGUACCUGCCUCUGCUGUGGAUGUGAAUUUAACACCUGAUAAAACUGAAGUUCUGCUGCAGUAUAAGGACUGUGUCUUACUUGCUGUUGAAAAUGUGUUGAAAUCUUUGUAUGGGCCACUACCUGCUGCAGUCUCUGGUGAAGCUAAUAAAACAGAUGUUACCUCAGAAGACAUGUUUGUUCAUAAAGCAAGACAAACAGAUGUGGUUGUUAAUGAAAAGGAACCAUCUGGAAACAAUGAUCUACAUGCUCAUACUUCAUUCCUUUCAUUCAGCAGUGAUGUGCAAAGUUGUCAAGCAGGAAAAAACACAGAGAUCUGUUUAAAUCAUCAGAAAUUCUCUGGUGAUACUGUACAUAGUCACCUAGAAGAAAAAGAGGCUUCUAAGAAUGAUGCCUUUCAAGAAGGUUCCUUACGUUUACUGUGUGAGGAGGAGCAGAACGGACAAAAUACAACUGGUAUUCCAAGUAACAGUGCUCCUAUAGAUCCUGGGUCUAAAAAAGAUGGUGGACACCUUUUGAGUUCUGAUAAUGCUGAAGACGCCUUGGUCCCUGAAGACUUACCUGAAAUCUCUGCUGUUAAUUGGAGUAUGGGAAAUGCAUUUAAAAACUCCUCAGGAGACAACCUGGAACCUGUUAAGGUUUUAAUUCCUGGAGCUGGAGGGGCAAUUAAUAAGCAAAGUGAACGUAGUGAUGAACAAAGCCACGACCCACAAAUCCCAAAUCAAACUGUAAAGAAAAGAAAUAUAAUAGAUGAGAAAACUGGACAAGUAACGGGUUAUGACUUAAUUCAUGGUCGAACAAUAAGGAAAUCAAAGUCUGCAUUUGAGCAUUUCAUCCAAGAAUAUCGUUCAAAAUUAUUUUCUGAAAAUCCGAGGUGUAGCAUGAAGGACAUCCUAUUGAAAAUUGAAGAGCUGUGGAAGAAUUUAAAUGAAGAAGAAAAGCACAAGUAUGAAAUAAAAGCUGCUAGAGACCUGGAGCGGUACAAGAGAGAGGCUAGCAAAGCCAUGCAGGAAGCAGCAAACAGACCGGUAAAGGAGAAAGAAAAACAGAAGCCCAAGCUGAAGACUCUUCUACCCAACCAGCAGAAACUUGACAAAAUGUUGCAUUUUCAAAUUGAUAAGAAACCAAAGUGUAAUAAGCCUGUGAAAGUCGUUACAGUGCCUUUUUCUCUGAGUUCCUGUAGACCUCAGUUUCAGAAGCAUGAGAAGAGUGAUUCAGAUAAACAUGAGCUUUGCCUGAUCCGUCGCCAGAGUUUUCCUGAUAUCUGGAUACUUGCUACUGAAAAAAAGCUAAUGUUGCUGAAUCCAUAUAGAUUGGAAGAAGCCCUGCUGCGUAAAAGAUUGCUGAUGAACCAUAUCCUUCCAGUAGAGAAACUGGACAAGCCAGUUGUGUUAUCAGACAGUCUUCUUGGUGAAUCUCACUAUAUGGAUGCUCUUCAUAAAAUGCAGAAGGAUUACCAGACAUUAAAUGGAUUGAGUUAUUUGUCAGAUCCAAGGCUUGUAGCAAAUGGCUUCCAGAUAAAAGUGAUAGAAGGUGCUUCAGCUUCAGAAAGCUAUAUGGAAAUAGAAGGAAUGGCUAAUUGUCUGUCGUAUUAUGGUGUUUCUGAUUUGAAAGAAAUUCUGAGUGCAGUAGUUAACAGAAAUGCAAAGGAAGUGUAUGAAUGCAGACCUCUGAAAGUGAUAAACUACUUGGAGGGAGAAGCAGUGCGUUUAGCUCGGCAGCUGCCCUUACAUUUGUCAAAAGAAGAUGUAGAAAACACAAUUUACAGGAUGAAGCAACAGCUUGGAAGGGAAAAUAAAGGCUGUGUUCAUGGUCGUCCUUUUUUUCAUCACUUAACAGAUAUUCCAGAAGUUAACAAGCCAUAACUCCAAGGAAAUUAUUCAGUAAAUGGAACAUUUUGUUUGGGAUCAGAUUUCUCUUGCUUAAUUUUGAUCGUUAUUCUGUAACUUCAGCACGUUUUGUGUAAAGCUUUUGUAUAGUUAGUUUUUGUUUUCAAAGUUCACCUUGAUAUUUUUUUUUUAAUUUAAAUUCAAAUGCUACUUGAGAAAUGGAAAUAAAUUAGUAUUGUAGAGAAAAGAUCCACUAUUUUUUAAAAGAAUUUAUUAAAGAAAUGUUCUCAACUUGUUUGGUGCUUUCCUCACUACUGCAGAUUUAGAUAAUAUCAGUAUGUCAAAAUGUUUUAGAUAUGGUUAUAAGCUGCUCUCAACAGAGCUUGGCAAAAUUUAUUGCACUAUGACAAGAUAUGUCAUUAAUUUUUAAAGGAAGCCAAGUAGCAGUAAGUUAUUUAAGCAUUUAAAUGUGACCCUACCAUAUAUAGUUGUUAUUGGCACAUAUUUAUAUUGUUGGAUUUCUGUCUGUAAAUUGUUAGAUUUUGUGAGUAUUGAAGUCCUACAGUUCAAUCUCUGAAAAGCUUUUCUAUUAACUAUGCAAAUAACUCCAAUUAUCUCUAACCUUCAGGUGCAAAGUUGUGAUUCUUAGAAGUUUGGUACAAUGUUAAAACUUAAGGUUAACGAAAACUGGCUUAUUAUUUAAAAGAUGAAUGGAUCAGAGUCAUGAGAGUACAGGUUAGCACUGAAAGCAGAUGUCAACACACCUGUGAUAGUGUAGUGCUAUGCAUAAACCAUUUGCCUUUUGGAAGCAGACAGUCCUCAGUCGAGAAGAGCAUGGCAUAAUUAGGGAGAAAUCUACUAUAAAAGAGCUGCUGAUGGUGGUAAACUUGUUCAUUCUGUUUCUACCAUAUUGUAGCAUUUAUUCCUACAUUUCAGUCAGUAGGCUACUUCCAUAAUUUUACUAGAUUAUGCCUUCUGUGCAACACAUCUCUGGAAGCAUAUGUUUAAAAGUUUCAAAAAAGAUCACCUAUAAAUUAGUGUGUAUCCCUAAUUGUUUUGUCACAGCACAUUUCAGUACUGUGUAAGUAUGGGAGUUAACCUAACUUUGCAGUGUUUCUGUGGCUGCUAGGUAAGUGGCUAAAAGAAUGAUGAAAAGCCUGAAUUUAAGCUGGUUUGUGAACAAGAAUAUCAGACUAUCAGCUAAGGAAAUGCAUAGUGUGAAAAUGUAAAUUACUGAUAUAUUGCUCUGUAUCAAACAGUGUUGAACUAAUGAAUGAUGCAACAGGAAGUAGUAUUUAUUACCUCUGCUGAUACAUGGAAGGAUGGUGCAACAGCAAAAGUGCAGUAGCAAACAAGGUACUCCCUUCCUGUUGCCAUCUUAGCAAAAAUAUGAGCACAAGGAAUAUGCGACUUCCUCUUUUGCUGUUCCCUACCUCUCAUGCACCUGUCAUAUGUCAGAUUGAGAACAGCUGAAAUACUAGGCAGUGAGAGCCUUCAAGAGUAGUAAUUAAGUGUAAAGGGGGAAGCAGUAGUCUCUUUCUGGAGAAAAGGUUGAUAUCUGCUGUCACGCUGAGGGAGUCUUAAGACAUAGCUAUGAAUAUCCUGGCCAUGAGAGACCUGCAGAAGGCAUGGGGUCGAUGUGCUUGACUGAAAAGCCAGCAAGAGGAGCAUGCAUCCAAAGCCUGGGUGAUCAAGCAGCUGCCACCUUUCUUUUGGAUUCUCAUUAAGUUUCCCAGCUGUGAAAGAUCUUAACAGGUUUUGUUGUGUUGGGAUGACUUUAAAGAGAGUGUUAAGAGCCCCAUCAGAGGCCUAACAUAACCGGUUAUACUCACGCUGAGGGCAAACCCCAUGGGCAGAGGGGAGUCAUUAGAGAAGGAGGGGUCAGCAGCACAGGGUCUGGCGGAGGAGAACAGAGCAGGGAGGGCACAAGCAAGGUAUCUUAGUUUGUAAUGAGAACAUGAGUGGAAAACUAGGUACGUGUUGGCUGUGAAUGCCGCUCACUGCAGAAGAUGUGAAUUUUCAGAGUGAAAGUGAGUACGUGUAUGGAGGCACAGGAAUGAGAUGUGACUCUUGGCUCUGAGGGGAAAACAGGAUCCCAGCGUGGCAGUGGAUGUGGGAGGUUAUAGUUUAUUUUUACUCUUGUUUGGAUACAAACCGUUAAGAGUUGAAAGAGCAGCCCUAGCCACGAGAAAUGCCAAAAUCAAUCGAGAGAAUAGAUCACCAAGUGAAGUCUGCUAGAAAUUAAACGAAUACACGCACUGAUUUUAAUUAGUUAGGAAGAGUAAUUAAUUUUAUGUGAUAAUAAGUUCUAUAUGUAUAUAUUAAUCUCAAUUAGCCUAUAUAGCACUAUCUGAGUUUAACAGUUGUUUAUCCGAAGGUGGGUAGGCUGAGGUUGUGGUAAAUUGAUAUGACCAGCAUCUGCACAGGUGCUGAGCCGGCUCCGUUGCCAUGACAACAAACGAGCAGCAGGCAUUUCUGUGGGGCAGGUGUGCUUUCCUCCUGCCUUCCUGACCAGGCUGGUUGUCCUCUGCUCAGAAGGUGCAUCAAGAUAUCUUCCUGAGGUAGGUGGAUGUAUAGUUUGUUCUUCUUUUAGUCUUUGUGAGGUGCUGAGGCUGGGUGCUGGCAGUGAGUGCUGCAGGACGGCGCUGUGGGGACGAGGCUGUACCUCACCUCAGCAAUGGCGGCUGCGGCACUGCGAGUUGAACUGGGAGUUGUUCUGGUGUUGUGCUGAGGGGACUUGGUGAUGGGUUUAGAUGGUUUAAGAGAAGCCAAGCAGCGCCUUUGCUGCAGUGGUUCUUGCAUUGAAAGACUUAUCAGCUUUGUCUCUUCAGUGCACCAAGGGUAUUGGUGGGCAGCAGCCCUGAACUGUGUUCCCUAUUUGGAGGGAAGGACAAAUGCGUGAGAGGUGAAACACUGUGUAAAAGUGUAAAAGCUUGGUUACUAGUAGACUUUCCCCUCAAAGGAUGAGCUGGAGCAGGACAGGGUGCAAUGAAGCAGGCAGGGCACCUCAGACCUGGCCCUCUCCACCACCAAUGGCCGGCUCUGGGCACCUCAGGGGAGUUCCAAUAUUUGCACUGCCCUCUGCUGGCAUUCUAUUCUUGUGCAAAUUUGCCUAACAAAACGGUCAUCUGGUAGCUCCGGGGCUGGUUAUGAGGGAGCAUCAUGCUCUCCUUCCAGUCACCAGUGUGCCAAAGUGUUCUCAUGUGGGAAACUUCUCAUGGGGUGCUCUUCUCCCCUUCCCCAAAUAAGCUUAGUGCAGGUAGCAGCAUUUCCAGUCUGGUAACAUGGGGCUUUCCAGACUAAAGCUUUUUUGUUUAUUUGAUUUUUUAAUCUUCUGGCUCUCUGUAGCUUUCCUCUUUUCUCAGAAGGAUCAUGUGUGUGGUGUUUUUUGGCUGGUUGUGCUGGUGCACUUCCAGCUCUAGUGUCCACCUCCCCCAAAUUCUGAGAAGUUCUGUCUUAAUUUGAAACCACUGAACAAUAACUUUCUUUUAAAAUAAAGGAGAAUCUUAUUGAAGGAAGAAUAAUUUUUCCUUUUUGUAAAUAUAAGCACAUAAUGAAAGCAAUAUCUUCUACUUGUUUCUUUUCUAAAUGUAUUAGGAGUCUUAAUAAUGAAGUUUGUUUCCUGUUGGUUAAGAAGUGUGUAUGUGAAGGGAUUUGGAUUAUUUCCAUGAAUAUAUAUAUUUUUAUUCUUUCAGUAUGAGCAGUACCAGUUCAGAGAAUAACUGCAAAACCAGGGGGAUGGUGACUUAUUUUAGGAGCACUUAGCCAAUAAUUGGUAACAAAUUCUAUGACACAUGUUGUUCAAAUGGGCUCUUCUAUAUUUCAGUAUGGAAUACUGAAGGUAUCUAGCAAUAGAAUCAAUACCUUCAAACAAUGCUCUAGUUACACAACUGAUAAAUCUUCAGUUGCAGUG